UGAUUGGUCAAUCAAGUGGCGGCAAACUUACUCAUCAUAUUCGUGGCAGUGCCAGUUUUAAACUUUACCACACCAGUAUCAGACUAUUUUUUACAGUCUAUGGUAUCAGACGGACUCUGGUAACAUACAGCAACCCGAAGAUAGUUUUGGCAAUACAGACACAACACAAUCUAGCUUUUCUACAAUUACGUAGUUCAGCUAACUCACAUUUAUUUCCAGAAGCAGUGAAAACAAGUUAUAUCGGCUGUAACUUUAAUUUUUACCUCAGGAAAAAUGUUUUACUACCCUGAAGUCCUGCAGCACCAGUCAGGCUGCUUCUCCACAAUCUGGUUGGCAGCCACCAAGGGUAUAAGGAUCACUAGAAGGGAGGUUCUGAAAGUAAACGUCAUACGAACAUGUGAAGACAUCAUUGAGUAUGUGUUGGUGAAGGUACCCCCUGUCCACCCGAGUCUGCCUCGACCACGUUUCUCUCUCUACCUGUCCUCUCAACUACACUAUGGUGUUGUCAUUGUCUACCACCGCCAGUGUGGCUUCCUUCUGGGUGAGCUCAGAGAGUCCUGGAGGUUCCUGGAGGUCCAUACUCCUGAGCGCCCUCCGGUGAAGACCCCGAGAAGAUCCCAGGCUGAGGCUCCUGGCCACAUGGUGUCCCCGGAGUGCAUCACUCUAAGGGAAAAUGAGCUGACAGCCCUGCGCAUGCCUGAGUAUGGAGGGGCUGAGCUGGUGGAACCCACCGCCCAGGAGAUUGACAUGCUGCUGAGGGAGAGCGACCAUCUGAUGGAGGAGGCGGAAGAGAAAGAGAAGGAGAAAGAGAGGGAGGCAGAGAGAGAGAAGACACUGGAGACCAACACAGCCAUGGUGUCUGUAGAACAACUGACGGAGACCCUAGAGAUAGGACCUCCCGAAGAGAAUGCCUUGGGUAUGAUGAUCAUGGAGGUGACCCCUCCUCAUGCGACUUGUCCUACAACACGAGAGGGCAGUGAGUUGGAUAAGGGGAUGAUGCAGGAGCCGUCAAGUUCUUUAGACCUGGAACCACAGCUGGACGUUCCCCUGCCCAAGCGGGGCCGCCGUCGCCAGCUGCUGUUCGCUGACGAGCACACGCAGAUUUCCCAGAGUGCAAUGGAGGACCAGAUCCAUGACCCCCUGGUAGAGACCGUGGCCAUGUCCGAUGUGCUUCUGACCAUCCCUACUAGCUCACGGCUCUCGGUGGAGGAGCUGGUGAGCGCCCCCUGUGGCGCUCUACUCCACCCUGACCUGCUGUCGCUAUGGAAUCAGUGUGCUGUCCUGACAACCCGCCCAGGGAGAGGGCGUGCGCGAGUGGAGGAGAGGGAGAGGGGUCAGGAGAGGAGCGAACUCUCCUCUGAGUUGGGCCCACAGGUGGAGGAGAGGGAGAGGGGUCAGGAGAGGAGCGAACUCUCGUCUGAGUUGGGCCCACGAGUGGAGGAGAGGGAGCUGGAGCGCAGGAACAGGGACUCCAGUGUCCAGGAGGACCUCCGGGAAUCCAUGGAGUCUGGCCUCCACCUGUCUGAGCUCUCAGCUGUGUCUGACACCCAGCUGGACAUCUCUAAAGAGGACAAAGCCCUGGACCCCGUCUCUGUGCCAGUGGGUCGUUGGUCUGUGACAGAGGAGGCUCCCUCAGUGCUGCACAUGGAACCCAUCCUGGAGGAACCUCUGGUGGAGCUGCCUCCGACUGUCACAGAGAUGGAGCCCGGGGAGCACACCACCACUAGCCUGCUCAGAGCGGUCAGCAGCCACCUGGAGCGCUUUGGGAAGAUCUCCUUUGACUCGAUGCUGCCCCCAGAGGCCGACCGCUGCACUGUGGUGCAUGUGUUCUACAACCUGUUAGUGCUUGUGAGUGAGAGAAGGUUGGGAGUGUAUCAGGCCAAGCCCUUUGACCCCAUAACGUGCAUAAGACAUUCAGUGGAGCUGCAGCAAGCAGUAUAAAUUGUGCAUAAGGCAUUCAGUGGAGCUGCACCUUAAGGCAAUAGUAAUGGAUGCUGUGAGAAGAAAUUCUGUUUGCUCUGCCAACAGUUGACCCGUUUACAGUAAUAAGUAUGCUGAUAUGACUUAAUAAAUAGCAGAGACAUUUUCAACUGGAGCAAAACAAUGCAUGAAUGUAGCUUGGCUCCUGUGAUUCUAGACCCCAACUCUGCCCACUGUCGCUUGUCUUUGUCUAAAGACCUGACCACCGUCAGGUUCAGUGAAGGUUUCACUCCAAGUUCUUCCUGCCCCCGAGAGGUUUGACACCAGUGCUGUGGUCCUGGGCUCUGAGAGGGCUUCAGCUCAGGGAAACACUGCUGGGAUGUAAAGGUGGGUGAGAGCGCUGACUGGGCCUUGGGCUUGAUGGCUGAGUCUGCAAUAAGAAAAGGAUACAUCAGCUCCAGAACCGGUCUGUGGCGGCUCCUGUACAACGGGGAGUACCAGGCUGGGUCCACAUCAGGGGCGCCCACUCUCCUAACAGUGAGGCAGAAAACCCCAGAUGAUCAGAGUGCAGCUGGACUGGGAUUCAGGAGAGUUGUCCUUCUCUGACCCUGACAAUGACACACACAUCUACACACUCUUACACACACUUUCACUGAACAAGUCUUCCCUUUGAUAAAUGUCACAUGUAAAGUCUCUCCAGUAAAAAUUAUGCCUCUGAAGGCUUCUGUGACAGUUGCGUCUUUGAACUAAGACUGAGUAACACAAACACCAGAUUACACAGGCAAAAUACAUUAGUCAUAGGGGGGGAAAGA